AUGGAGUUUCUUGCUGAACUGGAAUACAUGGCUACAAAUGUUGUGGACGAGCUGAAUGCCGAAUCUGAACACGAUAUUCAAUCUAUUGCAAGAUGGCAAAGAUUGUUUGCUUACACCCAUGCAGAAGCUGCUGCGCAUAUUAUGGAUUACCGAGGCAAUCUUUCACGUACAAGAGUAUCUGAUGAGCAUUGGGACAUUGUGCGUGCCGAAAAGGUGGCUGAAGGCUAUGACCGGGAAGCCUAUGAAUAUUCUAUAGGCCUUAGAAAAUUCAAGAGGCUCUUUACUACAAUAACCGCAGACAGCCAGAAGCCGUCGACGUAUCUUGUCAAGUUAGAAGGAUCCUUGGCCAGUGCAGCAGAAAUCCAGCGGGCAACAGGAAUGACAUCGGCGCCCACCCUCAUCAGAGGCAUUGGCGACGCAGGAGACGAAGCAAAUUUUGUUCGUGUUGAUGGCACCGCAAAGAAAGCUAUUCUCGAUAGUCUGGCUGGCACCACGUUUCAGCCAACAUUUAUCCGGAUCUCUAAGGCUGAAAAGGCGCUGUCCGACUCAUCCAUGCAUCCAAUACUCGGUAUUGACUCGACCCUUCCACAGCACCGAUUAGACCAUAGCGGCCCACCAUUAACCUACUCGCCAGCCCAGGAUCAGUACCCAGUAUGGUAUUUUGUCUAUGGUUCUCUGGCUGAUCCUGACGUUCUAUCCCGGCUACUUUCGCUCUCUGAAACCCCAGAUUUGAGGCCAGCUAGCAUUUCAGGAGGCGUGCUCAGAACGUGGGCUGGAAAGUACAAAGCUCUUGUUGAUGCUCCAAACUCCGAAGACGCCAGUGUAUAUGGAUGCGCUUACCGAGUUGUAUCGCGUGAACAUGAAGAGGGGCUUCUAUACUACGAAACGGAAAGGUAUGAAGUGGUGAGAUGUCUCAUCGAAAUGCGUAAUGAGACGAAAGAGAUUUUCAUGGGUCUGACUUUCCGAUUCGCAAAUCACUCCCAGGACUUAUUGUGA